AUGUCUUCCACUGAUAAAAAAACCCCAGCCCCAGAUUAUUCUAUUAAGAACUCCGAUGUUGUAUCCAAGUAUAAAACAGCUGGGGAGAUCUCAAACAAAGUUAUUGCCCAAGUCAAGGCAUUGGCAGUCGAUGGAGCAACUACCUACGACCUUUGUACCAAAGGUGACGAAUUGAUGAAUGAAGAGUUAUCCAAGAUUUACAAUUCCAAAAAAACCAAAAACACUCCAAAGGGGAUUGCCUUUCCAACUUGUGUAAACCCAAACCACAUCCCUGCUCAUUUGGCUCCUGUUAAUGCUGAAGACGAGGCCAACAUUACUUUACACAAUGGUGAUGUUGUAAAUAUCAUGUUGGGAAUUCAAAUUGAUGGAUUUCCAUCAAUUGUUGCUGAAACUUUAGUGAUUGGUGCCUCUAAGGAAUCUCCAGUCACCGAUAAAAGAGCAGACUUAUUGAACGCUGCCUGGACAGCAUCUGAAGCCGCUUUAAGAACUUUUAAACCAAGCAAUAGAAACUGGGACGUCACAAAUGUUGUUUCCAAAGUCGCUAAGGAAUACGAGACCGUCCCAUUGGAAAAUAUGUUAUCUCACAAUCAAGAAAGAUUGGUUUUAUAUGGACCAAAAGAGAUCAUUCUUAAUCCUUCCAAGCAAAACAAGAACUCAAUGGAAACCCAUAGAUUUGAAGAAAACGAAGUUUACGGAUUAGAUAUCUUAAUUUCGACUUCUGCUGAUGGUAAAACAAAGCCUUCCAAUUUCAGAACUUCUAUGUAUAAAUUGACUGGUGAAACUUACGCAUUAAAGAUGAAGAUGUCUCAUAAGAUCUUGACUGAAUUCAAAGCUAAAUGUAACAAUCAACCUUUCCCAUACAAUAUCCGUAAUUUGGAAGACCCAAAGAAGUCCAGAGGUGGUUUAGCUGAACCAGUUAAUCAUAAAAUCUUAUUGCCUUACGAUGUUGUUGUUGAAAAGGAAGGAGAAUACGUUGCUCAAUUCUUCACCACUUUUGGAAUAACCAAACACGGAAUUGUUAAAUAUACCAGUCCUGAGUUUGAUGCCGAUUUUUACAAAUCAGACAAGCUGAUUAAAGACGAAGAGAUUUUGAAAACCUUGGAAGAACCUUUGAAUACAAAACCAGUUAAAAAGAAGGGUACUACUGCCACUGAGCAAAAUUAG